CGUAAACCAAUUCCAAGCGGCGGGAGAUUCUUGAUUUCGCGGCACUGUCAGAGAAGUGGCGACUUUGGAUACUUUGAUUAAGUUGCUGUUUCCGUUUGGUUAAUACGUUCUUUUUUCGUUGCAGCUUUUAAAAAUAAAGCACAGCAGGUUGGAUUUUUGUUAAAUUGGUGCUGGUGAGUCAAUCGGGAGCUUCCCUACGGAGCUGCAUUGCACAAGGAAAAUAAUGCCGCAUGUUAACAUCGAGACGCUGAAAUUCGAGUUGUCCACUUUUGAUAUUGAUUACGAGGAUGAUUCUGUUCUUAAUAAACUCCUGGAACAGUGCACCUCUCACCAUAUAACUGAGAAUACAAUUGUAUGUGAGUGGGUGGCUUUCUCAACAACACGUGGAGAGAUAGUCCUCAAUAGUGAAAACUUGGAACAUUUCGAACAUGAGAUACUCAAAAAGAAAGUGGCAAAGUCCAGACAGACAGCAGCAAAAGUGAUCAGCAAAGCACAACACACUAAAGACAUCAGCUCCCUUCAGGAAUUAAUCCAAGCAGAAGUGGAAGAGGAGAAUCUUCUGGAUUCCUACUCUACACCAGCUAAGGGUUCUCAAAAAAGACCACUAUCAACUCCAGAAAAUCCACAAUCUAAGAAGAGUCUUUUGGUUGCUUCUAGUCCUCUUCGACUUUUCUCACCUGCUAGUUUCUCACCAAGUUCAACGCCAUCUCAAAAGUACAGUUCUCGAACCAGUCGAGGAGAAAUUGUAAACACAUAUGGAAUAACACAAGGCACCUCAUGGUGCGGCCAAGGAGGAGCACAGACUGUGGUGCGCUUAUGUGAUAUGAGUGAGGAGUCCCUUUCCAGAAAUUACAAAUAUAUGUUUCAGAAACUGCGGGACAUCCGUGAUGUCUUGGCUAAUAAGAUCGAAGAUCUUGGUGCUACACUCAAAAACUGUUACAGUAUUGAAGAGUUUGCAUCAACUUCAUUACCAGCACAGGAGAAUGUCAUUUUACUGGGACAGAUCUGCUGUGACAGCAACGGCAAGCUCAAUGCCAAAUCUGUAGUUUUAGAAGGGGAUUUGGAAUAUUCUUGUGGGAUGCAAGUUCCUGUCGAUUUGUCAGAACUUCGUGAGUACUCCCUAUUCCCUGGACAGGUUGUUGUAAUGGAGGGUAUCAACAGUACGGGGCGGAAGCUGGUGGCUUCUAAAUUGUAUGAGGGUGUACCAUUGCCUUUUUAUAGGCCAGAAGAGCAGGAUGAUAUCUCUGAUGAACAACAGAUGGUUUUGGUAGCCUGUGGGCCAUACACGACAUCAGAUAGCCUAACAUAUGAACCCCUUUUGGAUUUGAUUGAAAUCGUCAAACGAGAUAAGCCAGAUGUCUGCAUUCUGCUGGGCCCUUUUCUGGAUUCAAAACAUGAGCAAGUUGAGAGCUAUCAGCUGAUUGGGACAUUUGAAGAGGUUUUCAAGCGAUGCCUGAAAGGGAUUAUUGAAGGAACAAGGGGGUUGAACACCCAACUUGUGUUUGUGCCUUCCCUUCGUGAUGUGCAUCAUGAGUAUGUCUAUCCGCAGCCUCCAUUUGUUUUUCCUGAGAUCUCCAAGGAAGACAGACAGAGAGUUCACCUGGUGCCGGAUCCCUGUACUCUGAACAUUAAUGGAGUGGUUUUUGGAUUGACCUCCACAGAUAUCAUCUUCCAUAUGGGAACUGAAGAAAUAAGCAGUUCUGUUGGUUCUGAUCGUUUUACCCGGAUUUUGAAGCACAUCUUAACACAAAGAAGUUACUAUCCACUGUAUCCACCUGCAGAAGAAAUGAAUAUUGAUUAUGAGAAUUUUCAGCUGUAUGCACAAAUGCAAGUCACUCCAGACGUCUUCAUAGUGCCCUCUGAACUACGCUAUUUUGUGAAGGAUGUCAUUGGCUGUGUAUGUAUGAACCCUGGGCGAUUAACAAAAGGUCAAGUCGGUGGGACAUAUGGACGACUUUUCAUUAAACCCAAAAUUAAUUUAGAAAAGGAGCGUCAAAAUCCAUGCUUGGCAGCGCAAGUGGUGAAGAUCUGAGUGCCAACAUACCUGUUUGAUGACAUCAUUCUGUGAGAAGCCUACUGAAGGAUUUAGUAAAUUGGAAAACCGAUCCCAUUGUCCAGUGACUGAGAAAAUGUGUUUAAAGACUAUUAUCCAAGAUAUUCCCAGAGUCGAGGCUAACCAUAGUGCACAUCUUGACACUUUAUAGAAGACAUCUUUAUUUUAUCUGAAGUGUCACCACAGCUUCUUUAAUAACCACCAGAGAGACUGCAACUGAAUCAGCACAGUGUUCUAUGUACAUACAGCUCACUUCAUGUGUUAAAGGCAAGAACAAUAAAACAAAAGUGAGAGCUG